UUGUGACCUCGGUCUUUGUUGCUCCACGAACCAAUCUGCUCCGGAUGAAUCAUUAGUCCAUCCGAGCAUGCGCUACAACGAAUCUCUCCAUGAAGACUUCCGUUUAGAAAGGAUGCACCGAAUCGAUUAUGAUUUUGAUGAUUCGAUUAGGCUGCGGCGCUGUUGGACUUCACUAUUCAGUGGCGUAGAGGUCAUCCAUUCCGCCCCCUCAUGGACACGGGUUCAGUUUGUACUAUCGGGCAAUUACUAUCGUAUGUCCUUAUCUUCUUACGUCUCUUCGGAGGGCCUUGAAGUCAUUAAGAAACCAAGACGCUAAUAUGAAAAUGUUAUGCUCCCUAUGCCUCCCCAUUAUUGCUUUCCAACAACAACAUAAUACGAGCCUUUAGAUCCUCAUCUUCGCGCUAUAAGACGGAGGGGAAACGGGAACCCUUUUC